AUGUCAUGUCUCCUAUCCCCAGCUCCUCACAUCAGCACUCUGUUGGAGACAGAGGACAUCCUGUUAGAUCACAAUGCCACAUUCUUCUGUGAAGUCGACUCCCGACCACCAGCUGACAUCACGUGGACACGGAACAACCACCCUCACUAUGACUCCCGCUACCUCACCAGGGAGAACGGCCAGGUGUUGCUGAUCCCCAACGUCAUGGAGUCUGAUAAGGGGGAGUACUGCUGUGUUGCUAACAACGGCAUCGGCGAGCCGGCCAAGAGCUGCGGAGCUAUUCAUAACAUCAAGAAGGAAGACGCGGGGCAGUACCGCUGUGUGGCCAAGAACAGCUUCGGGAUCGCCUCCUCCAAACCAGUCUCCAUAGAAGUACAGGGUAAGGCCUUCUCCAAACCAGUCUCCAUAGAAAUACAGGUCCUGGGCCUUAUCAUGCUGGGCCUUACUAUCCUGGGCCUUAUCAUCCUGGGCCUUAUCAUCCUGGGCCUUAUCAUCCUGGGCCUUAUCGUCCUGGGCCUUAUCAUCCUGGGCCUUAUCAUCCUGGGCCUUAUCAUCCUGGGCCUUACCAUCCUGGUCCUUAUCAUGCUGGGUCUGACCAGAAUUGUUUUGGAUGGUUCUGUAGAGGAGACAUUAGUAGGAGAAGUGAUUCUGUCUGUACUACACACCACAGUGACUAAACCAGCUCGCUACACCUGUCUGGCAUCCAACCAACACAGUGCAGGGGCCAAAUCUACCAAAUCAGGCGCCGGAGUCACCGUCCAAGAGUGGAGGCUUUAUAAGGGCAGUGCAGGGUAUUGCAAUGUGUACCGUGGUGACGUGUGUCGGGGGGUGUUGCGGAGCGAUGCGCUGGUCUUCUUUAACUCCUCCCUCAACAACCCGGAGGACACACAGGAGUUCCUGGCUCAGAGCGCCUGGGCGGAGCUCGACGGACUGGGCAUGCUCUGUAGCCCUGCUGCCCACUCCCUGCUCUGUCAUCUCUCCUUCCAGGACUGCAACCCUUCUGGCCUGGGACCUGCUCCUAAACCAGUCUGCAGGGAGCAUUGUUUGGCGGUGAAGGAGCUCUACUGUCAUAAGGAGUGGCUCCUGAUGGAAGGGAACUCCCGUAAAGCCCUGAUGGAAAUCUCCAUGCCCGACUGUAUGGCCCUGCCUUCUCUACACACACAGCCAGGAGCCUGCACACUCCUACCCUUCGUCGAUAUAAAGAAAGAUCAAGUCACAACAACGUGUUACAAUGACAAGGGAAGGUUCUACCAAGGACCAGUCAACAUCAGCAGCUCUGGUAUCCCCUGUCAGAGAUGGAGCCAACAGGGUCCCCACCUGCACCGGCUCAGUGUGGAUGUGAUCCCAGAGCUGAAGAAUGCGGAGAGCUCGUGUCGGAAUCCCGGGGGAGAGAGUGAGAAGCCCUGGUGUUACACAACUAUCCCCGACAUCCGCUGGGAAUACUGCAACGUUCCCAAAUGUGGAGAAGUAGAAGUGAAGACAUCGUUCCCUCAUCAGACUCCUCCCCUCCUCCCUCCCUCCGUCUCUCCGGCCUACUCGAUGAGCGUCAUCGUCUGUCUGCUAGCGUCCUUCGCAGCCACAGCCUUCCUCACCAUCAUCAUCCUCAUGUGCAGGAGGAGGAGGAAGAUGUGGAAGAACCGUAAAAGAGCCAUGGAGACCCCCACCCUGACUGCCUUACCUUCUGAGAAUCUGCUGCUGGACCGCCUCCGCCCCAACCCCAUGUACCAGCGCCUGUCCAUACUGUUUAACUCCAAGCUGCUGGCUCUGGAGUAUCCCAGGAACAACAUCGAGUAUGUCAGGGACAUCGGAGAGGGGGCCUUCGGACGGGUCUUCCAGGCCAGAGCCCCAGGUCUCCUGCACAUCCAACCCUUCACCAUGGUAGCAGUGAAGAUGCUGAAGGAAGAAGCGUCGGCCGACAUGCAGAAUGACUUCCAGAGAGAAGCUGCUUUCAUGGCGGAGUUUGACCACCCAAACAUAGUCAGGCUGCUAGGUGUGUGUGCGGUGGGGAAGCCCAUGUGUCUGAUGUUUGAGUACAUGGCUCAUGGAGACCUGAACGAGUACCUGCGACGCUGUGGCCCCGACCAGCAGCGCAGCCGGGCCAGCCUAUCAGGACAUAGCUUCUCCUCUGAGCUGGAGGCGGGUCCACUAUGCUGUGAAGACCAACUGUUCAUAUCCAAGCAGGUGGCGGCGGGCAUGGCCUACCUGUCCGAACGCAAGUUCGUCCACCGCGACCUGGCGACCCGUAACUGCCUGGUAGGAAAGGAGAUGGUGGUUAAGAUCGCCGACUUCGGAUUAUCCAGAAACAUCUACUCUGCUGACUACUACAAGGCCAAUGAGAACGAUGCUAUCCCCAUACGCUGGAUGCCCCCAGAGUCCAUCUUCUAUAACCGCUACACGACGGAGUCGGACGUGUGGGCCUACGGGGUCGUUCUCUGGGAGAUCUUCUCCCACGGCAUGCAGCCGUACUACGGCAUGGCCCAUGAGGAGGUCAUCUACUACGUUAGAGACGGCCACAUCUUGGCCUGCCCUGAGAACUGUCCUGAAGAGCUGUUCAAUCUGAUGAGACUGUGUUGGAGCGGACGCCCCACAGACAGACCCAGCUUCAGUAGUAUCCACCGUAUCCUGGAGCAGACGCUACGGACGACCAUGCCGACGCCGGAGCAGAGGAAAGCCAUGCUGCCACCAGAGCUCCGGCCCACCUCCCUGCCCACCCUGGCAGGGCCCACCUCCCUGCCCACCCUGGCAGGGCCCACCUCCCUGCCCACCCUGGCAGGGCCCACCUCCCUGCCCACCCUGGCAGGGCCCACCACCCUGCCCACCCUGGCAGGGCCCACCUCCCUGCCCACCCUGCCCUGUGCCCGGGACCUCUGGAUCCUGUCCCACUCCAGACCUCUGGAUCCUGUCUCAUCACAGACCUCUGGAUCCUGUCCCACCCCAGACCUCUGGAUCCUGUCCCACUCCAGACCUCUGGAUCCUGUCUCAUCACAGACCUCUGGAUCCUGUCCCACCCCAGACCUCUGGAUCCUGUCCCACCCCAGACCUCUGGAUCCUGUCCCACCCCAGACCUCUGGAUCCUGUCUCAUCACAGACAUCUGGAUCCAGUCUCAUCACAGACCUCUGGAUCCUGUCUCAUCACAGACCUCUGGAUCCUGUCCCACCCAGACCACUGGAUCCUGUCUCAUCACAGACCUCUGGAUCUUGUCCCACCCCAGACCUCUGGAUCCUGUCUCAUCACAGACCUCUGAUCCUGUCCCACUCCAGACCUCUGGAUCCUGUCUCAUCACAGACCUCUGGAUCCUGUCUCAUCACAGACCUCUGGAUCCUGUCUCAUCACAGACCUCUGGAUCCUGUCUCAUCACAGACCUCUGGAUCCUGUCCAACCCCAGACCUCUGGAUCCUGUCUCAUCACAGACCUCUGGAUCCUGUCCCACCCCAGACCUCUGGAUCCUGUCUCAUCACAGACCUCUGGAUCCUGUCCCACCCCAGACCUCUGGAUCCUGUCUCAUCACAGACCUCUGGAUCCUGUCCCACCCCAGACCUCUGGAUCCUGUCCCACCCCAGACCUCUGGAUCCUGUCCCUCCCCAGACCUCUGGAUCCUGUCCCACCCCAGACCUCUGGAUCCUGUCCCUCCCCAGACCUCUGGAUCCUGUCUCAUCACAGACCUCUGGAUCCUGUCUCAUCACAGACUCUGGAUCCUGUCCCACCCCAGACCUCUGGGUCCUAUCCCACCCCAUACCUCUGGAUCCUGUCCCACCCCAGACCUCUGGAUCCUGUCCCACCCCAGACCUCUGGAUCCUGUCCCACCCCAGACCUCUGGAUCCUGUCUCAUUCCAGACCUCUGGAUCCUGUCUCAUCACAUACCUCUGGAUCCUGUCUCAUCACAGACCUCUGGAUCCUGUCCCACCCCAGACCUCUGGAUCCUGUCUCAUCACAGACCUCUGGAUCCUGUCCCACCCCAGACCGCUGGAUCCUGUCUCAUCACAGACCUCUGGAUCCUGUCCCACCCCAGACCUCUGGAUCCUGUCUCAUCACAGACCUCUGGAUCCUGUCUCAUCACAGACCUCUGGAUCCUGUCUCAUCACAGACCUCUGGAUCCUGUCUCAUCACAGACUCACAUCAUGUUGGUCAGGACAGGGUCAUCAUGGUUGAUAUCCACUGAUACAGGGUGA